GAUUCUUUUAUAAAACUAAUUUAGAAAUUAAGGAGAACUUGAUUAGACAAUUGUUCAUUUGAAUACGAAAGAAAAUUAGUUGUUUAUUAUUUCGAAAUCAAUGUAAAGAUAAACUUCAUCUUCGAUUAUGUGAUCUAUUGUUCGUUCAAUUUGUGGAUAACUUUUUUCGUUAGUUUUUCGAAACGUUGAUAAAUUGUGUUUCUAUGAUAUUCUAAUAGGGUUUCCAUCAUGUCGACUAGUUUCAUGAUUGGAAAAUCAGUUUCUUAUCCUGUGAUUAAAGGUGAUACUUUUCCUCGACGAAAUCAACGAGGUAAACGGCCGAGUGUUGAUCUUGUCCAGUUAAGAGAUACUCGACGAAGUAGCGGUCGAUCAACUAAUAGUAAUCGUAAUCCAAUUAGUUAUCCAGCUAAUCAACAAAAGAGCAACAAUUUACGUAAAACAAGUGAAUCAGAUUAUCGGGAACAAUCAGUCGCUUCCUCUUCACGAUUAAUUACCAUAGGAAUCUACGGUUGGAGAAGGAGAUUUCUUUAUGGAUUAAUCAUCAUAAUCUCCCUGUUUGUUGUGGUCAAUGCAGCGCUCACCCUUUGGAUUGUCCGUUUAUUGAAUUUUCAAUUGGAUCGAAUUGGUAAAAUAAUAUUCACUGAUGAUGGAAUCAUAAUUGAUGGUAAAAGUUAUUGUCGAGAUACUUUAAUUGCGAGUUACAUUAAAUCACCACAGGAAUCAACCUUAAGGAUAAUCUCACCAGAUAAGCUUGAGCUUGAAUCAAAUGGUGGACAAUCAAAUGAUAGUGAUUUGGUUAAUCUAUUAUCCUUACAAAAUGGUUCAAUUAAUGCUUGGGUUAAUGAGAUGACAAUUAAGACUCGUGAUAAUCAACCAUUGGUAACAAUCAAUGAAUCUGAAUUGAAAUUGUAUUCAACUAAGCUACGAAUUGAUAAUGAUUAUGGGAUCCAAUUUAACAGCUCAAUUCAAAGUCCAUUGAUUUUGAGUGAUCCAUUUCACAAUUUAGAGUUACAAUCAAAGACCAGAGCAGUUGAAAUUAAUGCUGUAACUGAGGUAAAUCUUAAUUCAGGUAAUGGUAUGACUCUUUCCAGUCGUAAAGAUAUUAGGCUCAUGUCCAAAUCUGGGAAGAUUAUUUUUGAUUCUGAUAGAAUUGAAUUGAAAAACUUGAAAAUCGGACUUCCUUUGAAAAGCAUGGAACCAAAUCCAGGAGUUUUCCAAGUCUGUAUUUGCACCAAUGGAAGAUUAUUCUUGGCAUUACCUCGAGAACCUUGUACAUUUGAUGUAAAUAUUUGCGAAUAUCUUAUCGAUCCCAAUUCAGUUUCUACUGAGCCCAGUUAGUAAUUCCUAAUGGAUUGGGUGACUGUACAACUAAGAUGAUAAUAUCCCAGUACAAGGAUGAAAAGGAGAACUGAAUUUAUCUAAAACCAAGACGUGAUCCUCAAACUGAAUACACGAACCAUUUGACGAGGUGAUACAUUGUAUUCUAAAUAAUAAUAAUAAUAUUGUUAUUUCAUGAGUUAAGAAAAAUUCUGAUGAAUCAACUGAUGAUGAUGAUGAAACAACAAUAUUACUGUUGGUGAGAUCAACAGUUACAUAUAAAUAUUGUCCCAAUGUUUUAUUCCUUGAGGAUAAAAAUCAAUCCGAUAUGAACUUUAAUAUGUCAUGAUAUCGAUUAAAUUAUGUCCAUUCCUGUAAUUAUGUCACAUGUUGGAUGAUCAUCUCUAUUAUUGAAAUUGGAAAAAACUUUGAAUAACCAAAAAAAAAUAAAGAGAACAGAAU